AUGUCGGUCGUAUUGUCACGAGCCGACGAACUGGUGCAGAGCGUCAGCUUGCAUAAUCCUCGAAAAAUGCUGUUCAAUGGCUACGUGCUACCAUUCGUUCUCACGGAAGUGCUAUGGAUCUAUUGUUGGAUUUUCGUGUACGGCCUGGCAGACUACUACGAACCCGGCUUGGUUGGCAUCGCCGUCAUCGCUGUGUUGCAGAUCUUUGUCUGCUUGUGCUGUCAAUGGUCGGUGCACGUGCACACCUUUCUCAAUUGCAGCUCGAGUAAUGAUCCGUAUAGAGCAAAUAUUGCUAAAGUUGUGCCUACACCAAAUAAUGGCAGUACAGAGCUCGUCAAACUGCACAAGUCCAAGUCCCAGGAGCCAUGGUUUAUAUUUCAAAAGACCAAGUAUAUCUGGAAUCCUGACAAGAAAGAAUUCAGAGGCCUUGCAUUCCCUAUCAAUCAUUCGGUGAAACAUUAUAUGAAUUGGAAAGGCUAUGCCGAUGAGAAAGAAGUCCAAGAAGCCGAAGAGACUUAUGGUGGUAACAACCUCGAUAUGGUUGUGCCAGAAUUUUGGGAACUUUUUAAAGAAAGGGCAAUUGCACCUUUCUUUGUUUUCCAAGUAUUUUGUAUGGCUUUAUGGUGCUUUGAUAAGUACUGGUACUACAGUCUUUUUACACUUUUCAUGCUUGUCAUGUUUGAGUGUACAUUAGUGCAGCAGCAGCUAAGGAACAUGGCUGAGAUUAGAAAAAUGGGCAACAAACCUUACAUGAUAAUGGUUUAUAGAAGUAGGAGGUGGAGAUUGCUGUUUACUGAUCAACUAAUUCCUGGUGAUAUUGUUUCGAUAACAAGAUCUCAAAAUGACAAUCUUGUACCUUGUGAUAUGCUUUUACUUCGAGGACCAUGUAUAGUGGAUGAAAGCAUGUUGACUGGUGAAUCUGUACCUCAAAUGAAGGAACCUAUUGAAGAUAUCGAUGAAAACACAAUUGUAGAUAUUGAAGGUGACAACAAACUACAUGUUUUAUAUGGGGGCACAAAAGUAGUUCAGCAUUCGCCUCCAAUAAAAAAUUCGUAUGGAUUAAGAGCAACAGACAAUGGUUGUGUUGCUUAUGUAUUACGAACUGGGUUUUCCACUUGUCAAGGAAAACUUUUAAGGACAAUCCUCUUUGGUGUUAAAAGAGUCACUGCAAAUAAUUUGGAAACUUUUGGUUUCAUUCUCUUUUUGCUGAUCUUUGCAAUUGCGGCUGCAGCAUAUGUUUGGGUUAAAGGAAGCGAGGAUGCGACAAGGAACAAAUAUAAGUUAUUCCUUGAGUGUACACUAAUUUUGACAUCUGUUGUCCCACCAGAGCUACCAAUUGAAUUAUCGUUAGCAGUGAAUACUUCACUUUUAGCAUUAUCUAAAUUAGGUGUUUUUUGCACAGAGCCAUUUAGAAUUCCUUUUGCAGGAAAGAUUGAAAUUUGUUGCUUUGAUAAGACUGGCACUCUAACUAGUGAUAACUUAGUGGUUGAGGGUGUAGCCGGUAUCGAUGGCAAUCCAGAAGUUAUUCAGUUACCUGAAGCACCAUUGGAAAGUGUUCAAGUAUUGGCAACUUGUCACUCUUUAGUUCAAUUAGAUAAUACCAUUGUUGGAGAUCCAUUGGAGAAAGCUACAUUAAAGGCCAUCAGUUGGAAUCUGACGAAAGGAGAAGCAGUUAUUCCGGUGAAAGGAAAGUCGCCCGGGCUAAAAAUUAUCCAAAGACAUCACUUCUCGUCAGCACUGAAGAGAAUGUGCGUCGUUGCUGGAUAUGCAACCAGCGGAUCAGUAGAUAUCACAUACAUUGUCACUGUAAAAGGUGCUCCGGAAACGUUAAAAAGCAUGUUCUCUUCGGUACCAAAUACUUAUGAGGAAAUUUAUUUGGCGCUAUCUCGUCGAGGAGCAAGAGUUCUUGCGUUGGGCUACCGCAAACUGCCAAGCUCGACUACGCUUCAAGAUUUACGAAAUUAUACUCGGGACGAAUUAGAGAGUGAGUUGACUUUUGUCGGCUUCGUAAUUAUCAGCUGUCCACUCAAAUCCGAUUCAAAGAGCGUAAUAAAAGAAAUAAUCAAUGCAUCUCAUUCGGUCGUGAUGAUUACUGGCGACAAUCCAUUGACUGCGUGCCAUGUUGCACGUGAAUUACACUUUACAAAAAAACCAGUAACGUUGAUAUUAAUAAAUGUCAAAGACUCUUGGCACUGGGCGAGUAUAGAUGGGAUAAUGCGUUUCGACAUCGAUAAGGAUACGAAGAGAAACCAAAUAUGGGAACAGUAUGCCUUAUGUAUCACCGGAGAGGGCCUUAGUUAUUUAAAAGAUUACGAAAGAGAUUAUUUGUACAAAAUACUUCCACACGUAGGCGUGUUUGCACGGUGUGCGCCAAAACAAAAAGAGUACAUUAUUACCACUUUGCAAGAAAUUGGAUAUGUGACAUUGAUGUGUGGCGACGGAACGAACGACGUGGGAGCACUGAAACAUGCUUCCGUUGGCGUUGCCAUACUGUCGAGCCCACCAAAGCGCAACGGAACCAAAUCUAACACCACCACACCAGUGACCCCAAAGUCAAGUCCGACCGAAUCAAUGCCACCAACUGUUAAUGGACCGCGAGUAAAUUCACGGCAACAGCAAAUGAAUAGUGCCAAGAGUAAAAUCGAGAAGCUUAUGAAAGAUUUGGAAGAACAAGAGCGAUCCGUCGUUGUGAAGCUUGGAGACGCCUCCAUUGCUGCACCUUUCACAAGCAAGUUCUCAUCGAUUCAGUGCAUUUGUCAUGUUAUCAAGCAAGGUCGUUGUACUCUGGUCACCACUCUACAGAUGUUCAAAAUUUUGGCACUAAAUGCACUGAUUUUGGCAUACAGUCAGUCAGUUCUCUAUCUAGAUGGAAUAAAGUUUAGUGAUGCGCAGGCAACGCUCCAAGGCAUUUUGCUUGCAAUUUGCUUCUUAUUUAUUUCGCGCUCAAAGCCACUAAAAACACUAUCAAAACAGCGACCACUGCCCAAUAUAUUUAACGUGUAUACAGUGCUCACAGUUUUACUGCAAUUUGCUAUUCAUUUCUGUUGUCUCAUUUACAUCGUUAGAGAAGCAGUUAUUCGAUCACCAAAAGACGAGAGGCUAUCUGCAAUUUUGGCGCCAAAAGUUAAUACUACGAAUGUUCCGAGUGACUCCGACAAAGAAGAAGAAAAUUUUCAAAUGAAUUUGAUCAACAGCACAGUGUACAUAAUGUCUAUGGCACUGCAAGUAUCAACGUUUGCAGUAAACUACAGGGGCCAACCAUUUAUGGAAAGUCUGUGGGAGAACAAACUGCUACUAUACAGUCUGGCAAGUAGUACCGCGGCUAUCUUUGCCUUAGCUCUUGGAAUCGUACCCGAUAUUGCUCAACAAUUUGAGAUUGUAGAUUUCCCUAGUGACUUUCGAAGAAUUCUAGUCCAAGUGCUCGUAGCCAACUUUGUUCUCACAUUCCUAGUGGACAGGGCGUGUCGAUGGUUGUUCGGCGAGGGAAAAUAUCGAAAGCUGUGAUCACCUUAUCGCAUUUAAUAUGAAAUUUUUGUAUGAUAAUCCUGUGUAAAUGCAGAUACGUUUAUUAAUCGUUAUCUUGUAUAGGUAAUUACUGAAUGGUGUUGCAACACCGGUACGAUUAGUGAUCAAAUGUGCCGAAAUAUUUGUUCAAAAAUGGAAAAAUGCCGAGCGUUUGAACUUGAUAUGAGAAGAAAUGUAUGUCUGAUACACUUGUACAAAUAAUGCGUCGGUUUUAAUUCGAAAUCUCACAUUCCACGUUUCAUUCAAUCAAUUGAAAUAUUCAUUUUUCGAACUAAACAGUGACUUAAUCCCAUUUUACGAUUUGAUAUUUCAAGCUAGACCAAGUUUUUCUACAUAGAUGCGAUCAGAAAAAUCAUUUCACAAUAAAAUUUUAAUUUUAUCAGACAAUAAUACUACGAAUCGCGCUAUGUUAUGCGCGUGUCGAGUAGAAAAAUUUGAUCACACGACUGAGUUAUUAGCGUUAAUCGAUUAUUCGUAGUUAUUGUUAGUUUAUUAUAAAGUAAGUUGAUGUAAUGUUCUGCGAGUUGCCCCGAUGUAUCGAGCAAUAUCUUACACAAAAGUCUUUUUUUUCAUUCGAUAAGCAACUGCGCGACAGGCAUGCAAUAUUUCUCCAGUAAAUAUCCAUAAAAAAAAUCACAAAUUAAAAGUGUAUGUGUCAAUCGAUUGUAUUUUGAUAGACUACAAUCACCGUAAAUGAAUCUAGUUUGUUUGAGAAGCUUUUUGUAUUUAUAUUGCAAUUUAUUUAUAGCCAACACAUGUAUGAUAAUGAAGUAAUUCACUCGUCGCGGAAGAUGUGUUGAAGCUCCGACGUACGGCAUUGUAUGCGAUAUACGUCGUGAGUAACGCCUCGUAGAGGCAUGUAUAGGCCAUCUUCAUCUGUAUGUGUACAUAAAAACGAUGGUAAUUAUACGACGGAGCUUUGAGAAUUGGUGAAUUACUCGUUGGUCACUGUAAUUGGAAAAUAGCCACAAGGGUGAAAUGAAAAAUAAAGAUUUGGAAAAGUAAGAAAAAGAAAAAGAUGUAGAUAAAGAAAGAGAUUAUGCA